AUGGGCGAAGAGAUCGCUCCACCCCAAGGUUUCGGUGCUUGGGGUCCGUUUGUUCGCGACAAUUACCGCCCUAUACGUGUGACUCGCGCAGACAUAGCAGUAGCAGCUGCAGCGUUUGGUCUGACCAACUUCUUCGCCAUCACCGCAGCUUUCAUUGCCAUUAGGCAGACGAAAGCAUGUCGGCGCCCAAGGACCAGUGUGUAUAUCUGGAUGGUUUGGCUGGAAAUCGCAGCUUCCGUAGCUCUCGCCAUCGAGUGUCUGUUGUAUUUGUUGAGGAUCAUAGAGCCUAGCUUUUACUUCUUCUUCUCUGUCCGCAACCUUGGCAUCUGUACUUGGCUGACAUCAGCAGUGCUUUGCUGGGUUUUUCAGAUUCAGUUACUGCCUCAGAUUAUUAUCAAUCGCAUUCGUAUCAUCCUUGGGGACCGGGUCAAAGGCCGGCGCCUCAUCGUAGGUGCCGCCAUCUAUGUGACCUUGAUCAAUAUCAGCGUCUUCGUUAUCUGGAUACCAGCGCGACUGCAGAUAAGCCCAAGCUGGGUUCGGAUCAACGCUAUUUGGGAUCGCACCGAGAAGGUGCUGUUUCUUCUCCUUGAUGGAUACCUUAAUUGGUACUUUAUUCGCGUUGUGAAUGCGGAUCUGGUGAAGAACGGCUUGAGCAAGUACAAUCGUCUGGUCCGCUUCAACAAGCGCAUCAUUGUCGUCUCUCUCCUGUUGGACGUCUUGAUUAUCGGUGCAAUGAGCAUCCCUAAUGGCUUUGUCUACGCUAUGUUCCACCCUCUUGCAUACCUGGUCAAACUCAACAUAGAAAUGUCAAUGGCUCACCUCAUCAAGACCAUAGCCCUGGGCAGCCCGAACCCCGGUAACGACCCUUCACGACUCUUGACUUUCUCGUCUUCGCCUGGUGAAGACAUGUUCAAUGCUGAUAUGUUUGCGGAAGUACCGCAGCAACGACGUUCACUCGUUCGCGGUCUGUUCGGCAGCGACCAUAUAUCGUUCUCCCAAGAAGACGUCCGCAUGCGAAAACCGGGAGAUUCUUCUACAGGUAGCACAUCCGUGCCUGAUUAUGAGCUGCCGUCUCGGAAACCUAGAGCGGAAAAGGAGCUCGACAUGAGUGGCAGCGAUAAUAUCAGCUCUGAAGAAAAGAACAACAAGAGAACCCACGAAGAGAAUUGUCGUCAGGAGAGCAACGUCCCGACCAGGACUAGAAGUCUGGAUGGAGGACCAAAUAUCCCUAUACCGGCGGCAGUACAUCUACCUGAUCGAACCCACAUGUCGGAAAUUGGUUGA